UGUUUCAGGUGGCAUUAUGUCUUUGCAGGGUCAGGAUAUUUCUGAAUAUCAUCUGAGCGUGGUGUUAAACCCACCUGGCUGGGAGGUGUGUUUGUUUGUGUUAGGGUUCCUGGUUCUGUUUGCUGUGGUUAUAGUGAAUCUGUGGAAAUUAUAUAAAUCCGGCUCCUUCCCGACUUCAUCUCCGUACCCAAACUUCCACUACCGCUACCUGCAGGAGAAAUAUGGCUGCUCCCACUCUGAGAUCAGGCAGAAGAGGGUUGCAUCUUCCAACCAGCGGAGGGCUUCCUCUGCGAGCCGAAAGCCCAGCCUCCAGCUGUUGGACACUCCAGAUGGUCUUCGGGAUCUGGGAACGCUGGAGUUGUUGAGCCGAGAGCUGGAUCCGAGCGGAGGCACCCUGAACCGCUCCAUGUCCUCUGAAUCGCUGUGUUCCAUCUCUUCCGUGGCUCAAACCUUCGGGCACGACUUCACGGUGGGACAGCUGGAGGUGACGCUGGAGCUGGACACUCGAGCUUCGCUUCUGCUCGUCUCACUGCACCAGGGUAAAGACCUGCUGGAGAAGGAAGAGGAGAGCUUCCUGGGCUGCUACAUCACCGUCACACUGGUUCCUCAGCAGAUCAGCCUGGGGGCCACGCAGCUGGCGCUUGGUUCGGAUCGUUUCCUCAGACCGUACGAUGCUGUCCAGAGAAAUGCCUUCACCGUGGUGUUUGACGAGCGCUUCUCUAUUCCAUUGGAUUCAGUAAAUCUGGAGGAGAGCAGUCUGCGAUUUUCCACCUUUGGUGUGGAUUCAGAUGAACGGAACAUCAGUGCUGGAGUGGCAGAACUCAAACUGUCGGAUCUGGACCUGACGUUCCGGCCGUUUAACGCCUGGCUCUACCUGCAGGACAUCAACAAGGCUGUGGAUGCUGUCGGCGAGAUCCUGUUGUCUCUCAGUUAUUUGCCGACUGCAGAACGUCUCACCGUGGUCAUUGCCAAAGCCAAGAACCUGGUCUGGACUAACGGAAAGACCACAGCAGAUCCGUUUGUGAAGGUGUACCUGCUCCAGGACGGCAGGAAGAUCAGUAAAAAGAAGACAUCCGUAAAAAGAGAUGAUACUAAUCCAAUCUUCAAUGAGGCUAUGAUCUUCUCAGUGCCAGCCAUCGUCCUGCAGGAUCUCUCUCUGAGAGUGACUGUUGCUGAGACCACAGAAGACAGCCGUGGUGAAAACGUGGGUCAUGUGAUCAUCGGACCAGAGGCCAGUGGAAUGGGAAUAACUCACUGGAACCAGAUGCUGGCGACUCUGCGGAAACCGGUUUCGAUGUGGCACCUGCUCCGGAGGACAUAAGUCCUUGAGUCCUGACCCCUGACCUCUGACUCCUGUCUGCAUGGUGCCUACUGUCUAACUGUCCUAACAGUAAAGACAUUGAAUAUGAAGAGAAAAUCUUUGUGUCUCAGCUGCCCUGAGGAUGGAUGGAACUUUAAUGAGAGAAAGAGAGAGGGAAAUCGGCGGCUCAGGAUGUCUCAUCUGUAAGGGCCUUUGAAAUCCAGCUUUUCUUAUCCAGGUUAACUUCAUUUCUACAUAUGAUAACAGGGUGGCUGGUUGUGUGCUGCAGCCUUUGGGUGGAGUGUAAAGUGUGACAGAAAUUGUAGCCACAUUCUGUCGUACUAAAAAGUCAAGCAUAAAAAAGGAAAAACAAAUGAUUUUUUUU